GGUCAUCGUGCGUUGAACUCGACUCGAGAACGAAAGCUGCACGCGCGCAAGAGACGGCAGAAGAGCAGCAAGCCCGUAAACUUGGUCGCAGAGGCCGCGAAGGAGAGAGCCGCAUGAAAAACCCGUUCCGUCGGUGGCGCGCGAGCGAGCCUUGUUGAUUAUAAGCAGCGCCGGGCGCUCGGCCUCGUCUCAGACUCGACGGAUCCGCCAGCGAGAGAGAAUCCAGCGCCAUGAGGACGUUUGCCGCACUGCUGUGCCUGCUGCUCUCGGCGCCGAGCGACGCCGUGGAGAUGGAGAAGCUCAGCUUGUCCUCGGGCCACGAGAUGCCCGUGGUCGGCUUGGGCACGGGAGCGAUCAACCGAGCCGACGAGGUGGACCGAGCCAUAACCAGUGCCCUGGGCAUCGGCUACAGACACAUCGACACGGCCUUCUCUUACGGCAACGAGGCUGCCAUCGGCCAAGCCGUCAAACGGUGGCUCGCCCAGGGCGGCAAGCGACAAGAUCUCUUCCUCACUUCCAAACUGCCGAAUCAAGCCAACAGGCCAGACAGCGUUGAAAGAUAUUUGAACAAGUCGCUCGCGGACUUGGGCAUGGAUUACGUCGAUAUGUACCUCAUACAUUUGCCUUUCGGUGUGAAGGAGGGCAAGGACAUGACACCUAUGCAGCAGGAUGGACGCGAGAUAUUGGAGGAUGACGUUGACCAUGUUGCCAUUUGGAAGGAAAUGGAGAAGCAGGUGAAAAGCGGUCGGGCCAAGUCCAUUGGUGUGAGCAAUUUCAAUGAGGCGCAAAUCUCCAAGAUCUACGACAGCGCCCAAAUCAAGCCUAGUAAUUUACAGGUGGAAUCGCACGUGUACCUGCAGCAGCCGGCACUUCAGAAAUUCUGCAAGGACAAGAAUAUCGUGAUGACUGCUUAUGCGCCUCUGGGCUCCCAAAACACUAGAAAUUACUUGCACAAGGGUACAGCCAAAGAAUUGCCACCUGCGGCUGAGUUACCAAUCGUCAAGCGACUAGCCAAAAAAUACAAUAAGUCUACAAGCCAGAUUCUACUACGACAUUCCGUUCAAAACGGACUUGUGGUUAUACCCAAGAGCAUAAACCCCACGAGGCAAAAGGAUAAUAUAAGCUUGUUUGAUUUCAAGCUUACCGAUGAUGAGAUGAAACAAUUAGAUUCCCUCGAUAAGGGAGAGCAGGGUCGUGUUUACGAUUUUCUCGCCUGGUACAAAGAUCUCGACAAGAAUAAGCAAUACCCAUUUGGUAAAAUUUAAACACUAUAAUUUCACGACAUCCAGCAAUAAUGUUACAUCUUUUAUGCUGUCUCUUAAAUUUUUAAUAAUUUCUGACGGUAAUAAAUAAUUGUUUAACUUAAACUGAUUAGUUAGUCGUUUAUAAAUAGAUAGAAGAAA